CUCCGGCUGCCUCCGCUCGGCCUCCGCAGCUCUCGGCGCCCUCCGCAGCUCUCGGCGCCCUCCGCAGUCCCCGGCCCCGGCCGCCGCUCCAGCGCGCCCGUGUCGGCCCCCUGCCCCGCGAAGAUGGCUGCUGUCCGCCGGGCCCGCAGUUACUGCCGCUGCUUGGUGCGCUUCUCCGACCGAGAACUCUGUUAAGCCCUGCUGCGGGAGACGGGCAGGAGUAGACACUGGACAGCGCACCCUCCCGGAGGAGCGGUGCAGAGGGCGCAGGGAGCCCGCAACCCGGCCGGCCGGCCCGCCAGCAUGGCAGAAGCUGAGGAAGAUUGUCAUUCUGAUACCGCCAGAGCAGGAGAUGAUGAUGUGAACGAAAGUCCUGCUGAAACAGACCUGCAGGCACAGCUCCAGAUGUUCCGGGCUCAGUGGAUGUUUGAACUCGCCCCCGGGGUGGGCACCAGCGCUGUGGAGGCGCGACCUGGCAGAGCAGCAAGAGGUGCUGUGCUGAAGGCAGCCGCAGAUGCCAGGGGAAAGCAGGAACUGGCAAAAGAAGAAAAGGCUCGAGAACUCUUCCUACAAGCAGUAGAAGAAGAACAGAAUGGAGCUCUGUAUGAAGCCAUCAAGUUUUAUCGUAGGGCUAUGCAGCUUGUACCUGAUAUAGAGUUCAAGAUUACCUACACCCGGGCUCCGGAAGGUGAUGGUGUCGGGAACAGCUACAUUGAAGAUAAUGAUGAUGAUAGCAAGAUGGCCGACCUCUUGUCCUGCUUCCAGCAGCAGCUCACAUUUCAGGAAUCUGUGCGCAAACUGUGUCAGCCUGAGCUGGAGAGCAGUCAGACCCACAUAUCAGCACUGCCCAUGGAGGUCCUGAUGUACAUCUUCCGCUGGGUGGUGUCUAAUGACUUGGACCUCAGAUCGCUGGAGCAGCUGUCACUCGUGUGCAGAGGCUUCUAUGUCUGUGCCAGAGACCCUGAAAUUUGGCGUCUGGCCUGCUUGAAAGUGUGGGGCAGAAGCUGUGUUAAACUUGUUCCGUACUCAUCCUGGAGAGAGAUGUUUUUAGAACGGCCUCGGGUUCGGUUCGAUGGCGUGUAUAUCAGUAAAACCACGUAUAUUCGCCAAGGGGAGCAGUCCCUUGAUGGUUUCUACAGAGCCUGGCACCAAGUGGAAUAUUACAGGUACAUGAGAUUCUUUCCCGAUGGCUGCGUGAUGAUGCUGACGACCCCGGAGGAGCCCCAGUCCAUUGUUCCCCGCUUAAGAACCAGGAAUACCAGAACUGAAGCAAUUCUGCUGGGUCAUUAUCGCUUGUCACAAGAUACAGACAAUCAGACCAAAGUAUUUGCUGUGAUAACUAAGAAGAAAGAAGAAAAACCACUGGAUUAUAAAUACCGGUAUUUUCGUCGUGUCCCCGUACAAGAAGCAGAACACAGUUUUCAUGUGGGACUACAGCUGUGUUCCAGUGGCCACCAGAGAUUCAACAAACUCAUUUGGAUCCAUCAUUCUUGUCACAUUACUUACAAAUCAACUGGUGAGACAGCGGUCACUGCUUUUGAGAUUGACAAGAUGUACACCCCCUUGUUCUUCGCCAGAGUGAGGAGCUACACCGCAUUCUCAGAGAGGCCUCUGUAGCCUCAAGCCCAGCCCCCGUUGCAUGAAUAAAAGCGCGUAGCGCAAAGAGCACCUAAGUUAUAAAUACAUAUAUAUAUCUAUAUAUAUAUAUGGGAUUGGGAUUUAUUUUAAAUGGUUGGAAUUCUUUUAAAAAGAGUAUAAAUUAUUUUUUUUAUUUAAAGAGAUAGAUGGUUCUUGGGGAUGUUUUGUUUUGAAACUAUAAGUUGUUUAAGUAGAUUUAUGUUGUAAAAAACUUUUUAACGAGGUAGAAGGCCAAGUGUGGUGGCACACACCUGUUAUCCUAGCACUCAGGAGGCUGAGGCAGGAGGAUCGCCAUGAGUUCAAGGCCAGCCUGGGCUACAUUGUGAGUUCAAGACCAGCCUGGACUACUUAGCGAGACCCUGUCUUCCCCCCACCCCAUACACCCAUAAAAUGAGGUGUAAACUCAUACUCUUUUUUCAAGCAGAUUUAUGAGCAGAUUUCUGUCAUUUAAGUCAUCUUCUGCCUGACCAUCAUAAUACUUAAGCGCAUCAGGGGAGAAUUUCACUGGAUAAAUACUUUAUUUUGCGCAUGGCAUAGUGUGUUUGCACUAAAGGCUCAAAAUGUGAAAACCUGUUCUGAAUUUGUUUGAAACCUUGUAACUAAUAAAGAUCAUAAAUAAAUGAUUCUUUCAAGGAAA